GGCACACAACACAUCUGUUGGAUUAACAACUCCGAGAAAGACUGAAACAACCCUCAUCAUCAUUACGCUUCUGGCUCUUGAGCGUGUGAGUCGUGGCGCGCGCGGAUUACGCCCAGGAUAAUCGGACAUCGGAGCACAGUAGGUCCGUGGCAGUAUAGCGUCCACAUCGGAUAUUGGCAGAUCCAGAUUCAGUCGAUUGGCUGCCCUCAAGGUGACAGGACACGCAUCGCGCAGUGAAUGAACACAGCUAGUGAACAGAAUCAGUGAACUUUUUAGUGACAGACCAGUGAAUCCAAGACAAUAUUCCCAAAGAACCAAAAAUGGUCAUGUUGCAAUCGCCGGCGCAAAAGGCCAGCGAUAGUGCAUCUGCCCAGAACACAGCCGUCGGUGGCCUGAUGAGUCCCAAUUCGAAUCCGGAUUCACCCAAGUCCAACACCUCGCCGGAAGUGGCUAGUGUGGACAGCGUGGUUUCCAGUGGAGCAGGUGGCGGAGCUACUCCGCCAGCUGCUAAGAUACCUAAGUUCAUCAUCAGUGCCAAUGGCUCUGCAGUGGCAGGCAAGCAGGAACAGGAGCUGAGAUACUCUUUGGAACGGCUCAAGCAAAUGAGCAGUGAAUCGGGAAGCUUGCUCAGCCGCUUGAGUCCCUUGCAGGAGGACUCUCAGGACAAGGAGAAACCCAAUCACAAUAACAACAGCAGUCUUACCAACCACAAUGCGAACAGCAAUCCUCGGCGCUCGCAAUCUCCGCCAGCUGCGGUGGGAUCCGUGAGCUUCUCCUCACCCGCCCAGCAGCGGAAACUCCUGGAACUAAAUGCCGUUCGCCAUUUGGCACGACCGGAGCCACUGCAGCACCCACAUGCCGCCUUGCUGCAGCAGCAUCCACACCUGCUGCAGAAUCCCCAGUUUCUGGCCGCCGCCCAGCAACAUAUGCACCAUCAUCAGCAUCUUCAGCACCCACAUCCGCACUCGCAUCCGCAUCCACUUCCUCAUCCUCAUCCGGCGGCUGUCUUUCAUUUGAGGGCUCCCACCAGCAGUACCACUGCCCCACCUUCGCCGGCCACUUCGCCACUUUCGCCUCCCACUUCCCCGGCCAUGCAUUCCGACCAGCAGAUGAGCCCACCCAUCGUUCCGCCCCAGAAUCCGCCACAUUCCUCGCAGCAGCAACAACAGCAGCAGGUUGCCCCACCAUCGGACAUGGAUCUCGAGCGGAUCAAGCUGGUGGCCGCGGUGGCAGCUCGCACUACUCAAGCUCCCAGCACUUCUGUCUCUGCUUCGAACUCCGUUUCCAAUGCCAGCACCUCCAUCUCCAACUCCAGUUCCGGAUCACCCAGUGGACGGGAUCUCAGUGAUUAUGGGUUCCGAAUACAGCUGGGCGGUCUGGCGGCAGCGGCGGCGGCUGCAGCAGCCACCUCGCGGCAGAUUGCUGCAGCCAAUUACGCAAGGAGCGAUACCAGCGAGGAACUUAAUGUCGAUGGCAAUGACGAGGAUAGCAACGAUGGAUCACACAGCACGCCGUCGGUCUGUCCCGUUGAUCUGACCCGAUCGGUGAACAGUAAUGCCCCGGCAAAUCCGAGUUCCGCCUCGACGAGUGCCUCCAGUGAGCGAGAUGCGGCCACCAAGCGUCUGGCAUUCUCCGUGGAGAACAUCCUGGAUCCGAACAAGUUCACGGGCAACAAGCUACCCAGUGGUCCUUUUGGCCAUCCAAGGCAGUGGAGCUACGAGAGGGAUGAGGAGAUGCAGGAGAGAUUGGAUGACGAUCAAAGCGAGGAUAUGUCUGCCCAGGAUCUCAAUGACAUGGAUCAGGACGAUAUGGACGAUGGCAGCGAUAUUGACGAUCCCAGCAGCGAGACGGAUUCGAAAAAAGGCGGCAGUCGCAAUGGCGAUGGCAAAUCUGGCGGCGGUGGUGGAGGCGGUGGCUCAAAGCCUCGAAGAGCCCGCACUGCCUUCACCUACGAGCAGCUGGUUUCACUGGAGAACAAGUUCAAGACCACAAGAUAUCUUAGCGUCUGCGAGCGGCUAAACUUGGCUCUUAGUUUGAGUCUGACGGAGACCCAGGUUAAAAUCUGGUUCCAGAACCGUCGCACCAAGUGGAAGAAGCAAAACCCCGGCAUGGACGUCAACUCCCCCACCAUUCCACCACCCGGCGGCGGUUCCUUUGGCCCAGGGGCCUAUGCCAGCGGACUCCUCUACUCACAUGCCGUGCCCUAUCCACCCUACGGACCCUACUUCCACCCCCUUGGCGCCCAUCACCUCAGCCAUUCGCACUCAUAAAAUUGCAAGAUGCAACAGCGAUUGUUGCAACUGUUCGAAAAGCGAGGCAGAACGGAAGGGUGCGCGGCUGGACCUGCGGCCGGAAGCGGAUCGAUGGCCAGCAAGGAUAAACUGUAAAUGUGAAGCUGCUUUAAGUGUGUGUGUGUGUUUAGUAUUCGGUCAGAGAUUUCCUUUGUUAACCUUCGAUUCCUUCGAUUAAAUGCUGUACAUAGUUCUUGUAUAAAUAUGCUAGCUGCUAGUGCUUAGAACCUCGAAUGCCAUAUCUAGAAUUAAAAAUUAUACAUAAUUACAAGGUAGCGUUUAAGUGGCAAGCAAAAUCAAAAAGAGCAAACCAAAAAUUGCAUAAAUGUCAAGUGAAAAAUAAACAUU